AUGCCUGAAUACAAGGGAGUCUGCCACUGCGGCGCCAUCGAAUGGACCGCUGAAAUCCCAGAGGAGAAGCACAUUCUCUGCCACUGCGGUGCUUGCAAGUUGAUGGGCGGCGGCGAAUUCACCUUGAACCAAAUCAUUCCCAAAUCCAACUUCCACCUGACCAAGGGUGAUUUGAAGGUCUAUUCCUACAAGGGUGACUCGGGUAACUCAGUCGAUUGUUACAUGUGUCCCAACUGCGGGUGCUCGCCGUACCACCACCAGCGUGUGAUGGGUGAUGAUAAGAUCGUCAUCCGAACGGGUCUAUUGAAGGGCUCCGACAAAUGGGGCAAACCCGCCGCCGAGAUCUACGACAAGGAUCGGGCCUCAUGGCUCCCUCAAACCGCCGAUGCCAGCUUCCCUGUGGUCCCUCCCUCGUAG